ACCAAUCAAAAACAGCGCAGCGCAAGUUGAUGCUUCGUAAUUUAGCGCCUGUAAACGCCACUGUAUAUCCACCACCGUAUUUGCACAUUCCAUCCGUUCCAUCUCUCUCUCUCUCUCUCUCUAUAUAUAUAUAUAUAUAUACACAUAAACACACACAUUUAUAGUAACAUUUAGCCAGAGUUGAUAGAGAAGAAGAGGAGGCCAGAUUCUCGCUUUUUCUCAGCCAUUUGUAGUUUGUCCAAAAGCUCAGAGAUAUAUAAAAGAGACAAAAAUAAAAAGAAGGCGGCAAUGGAGAGAGAGAGCGAAGCGAAGCAAUCCAGGUUCAAGAGGAUUUGUGUUUUCUGUGGCAGUAGCCAGGGCAAGAAGAGCAGCUACCAGGAUGCCGCUAUUGAGCUUGGCCAGGAACUGGUGUCAAGAAACAUCGAUCUGGUUUAUGGAGGUGGCAGCAUAGGCCUAAUGGGCUUGGUUUCACAGGCUGUUCAUGAUGGUGGCCGCCAUGUCAUUGGGGUUAUUCCCAAGACGCUCAUGCCUCGAGAGUUAACUGGUGUAACAGUGGGGGAAGUGAAGGCAGUGGCAGGUAUGCACCAAAGAAAAGCAGAGAUGGCCAAGCACUCAGAUGCUUUUAUUGCCUUACCAGGUGGAUAUGGGACUCUUGAAGAGCUACUUGAAGUGAUAACAUGGGCCCAACUUGGCAUACAUGAUAAACCGGUGGGGUUGCUCAAUGUGGAUGGAUUCUAUAAUUCUCUGCUGUCAUUUGUUGACAAGGCUGUGGAAGAAGGUUUCAUAAAUCCGACUGCGCGGCAUAUCAUUGUGUCCGCACCAACAGCAAGGGAGUUGGUGAAGAAGCUAGAGGAGUACGUUCCUCGCCAUGAAAUAGUUGCUUCGAAGUUGAGCUGGGAGGUGGAGCAGCUCAGUUACCCUGAAACCUAUGACAUUUCAAGGUGAAAACAAAAUGGAUCUACUUCAUGAAGAAGUGUACUAGAUGGAUAUGCGGCAGUGGAAAGAACUAACUUCAAAAAGAUUGAUAAUUUCGUUAAUGAAGGGAUUCUUUUUUGUAAAUUACUGGUGCAAAUGACCUGAACAUGUCAAGUUUCACUAUUCCCUUCAAUUGGAAGUUUGGUUUUCCUUUUUCGAGUUGUAAAGUACUUAGAUGAAAAUGAAAUUUCCCUUUCGACUGUAGCUUAUCCAGCA